GUUUCCUCCACGUCGGUGAAGACGCCUCCGAAGUCUUUUUGCCCAAGGCAUUUUCCUCGCUUUUACGUGGGGCGGCCAGUUAAAUGAAGGUUACAUGCCGAGUCGGCGGCGUCCUUGGCGUGUGCUUUGGAAUUUCCUCUGUAUUGUUAUGGGCCACCUCCUCGCUGGGUGCAUCAUAUCUAGGACAACGCGACUUGUUGCAACUGAACAGCGACGAGAUAUCGGCUUUCUCGACAGCGGUUGACCCUGUCAAGAACAUAGACUUUCACAAUCCCGACUCUCAUCUGUCCAAGAUUUUGAUACCUCGAGCACCUGGCAGCGAGAACAUAACUUUCGUCCGGGCCUACAUAGUAUCGACUCUCAAGAGUCUCAAUUGGGAGGUUGAGGAAGAUACUUUCACCGACAAUACACCCUACGGUCCUAAGACAUUCACGAAUAUCAUUGCAACGAAGGACCCAAGCGCGGCAAGACGUGUUAUUCUUUCCGCUCAUUAUGAUAGCAAAUUCUUCGAGUCCUAUCCUGAGAGUCAGUUUGUAGGCGCCACCGACUCCGCGGCACCAUGUGCAAUGAUGCUUGAUGUCGCUGAAGCCUUGAAUAAGCCGCUGGAGCAGCGUAAAGAGCGCUUCGAGAAUGGACUUGAGGAUGAUGACGACGUGGCAGAGACAACUCUACAGCUGGUCUUUUUUGACGGAGAGGAGGCGUUUAAAGACUGGACAGACACCGACUCUAUCUACGGAGCGAGACACCUCGCAAAGAAAUGGUCGAGUACCUUCGUUCCUCCUAACACCAAACGCCGCCUUAUAGGACAAGGAAGCAUGACUGAACUGGCUACAAUUGAGCAUCUCAUUUUGCUGGAUCUGCUUGGCGCUCCGACCCCUUCGAUAAAGGCCUAUUUUCCGGAUACUGCUUGGCUAUUUGAUGCAAUGGCGUCUGCUGAACGUCAGCUUGCCGAAUCUGGCGCCUUAUAUGAAGUUGGCGCAACCGACACGACAUCAUGGAAGAGCUUCUUCCUCCCGCGGACCGGAACGGACUUUUCCUUCGGGUACAUUGGUGACGAUCAUGUCCCUUUCCUCCAGCGUGGCGUCAACAUACUUCACAUCAUCACGCUGCCAUUCCCUACUGUUUGGCACACUCUCAAGGAUGAUGCAUCUGCCCUUGAUAUACCUACGAUGAGACGCUGGAACCUUAUUCUGCGUAUCUUUAUGGCUCAGUACCUCAACCUUCGGCCGGAUGAUUCAGCCAUACACAGUCACGUUAGUAGAUUAGAAGGCGAGCUCUAGACAUAUCCUUGACUAAAUAUUUGAUAAUGUGGAUUAUUUAUAGAGGGC